AGUUUUUUUUACCACGGCAACAAACAUUGACAAGUGAAAUACAUUUUAUUUUGUACACGAUUUUCCAACGGUUCGUCUGUGUAAACAAUUUUUAGUUUUCAAUUUAAGAAGUUUAUCAAACGCCAUGAGUAAUAAUUUAAUAAAAGCAAAUACUUCAAUGGCUCUUGGUCAAUACAACAGCGCUGUAAAGUAUUUCAAAGCAUAUAUGGACGAAUCGCCUGAUAUUCCAUUAAGCAAAGAAGUAUUUAACCUGUUAUCUAAAGCGUACAAUCAUUUAUCAUAUGAUAAGCGUAAUUGUAUACGUGAACUUGAAGCAUACCUGGAAUCACUCCAAGACAGCGAUCUGGAACGCAUCGAAGCCAUCACCUCAUUGUUGGAUGAAACCAGGAACGAUUUAAUUUCCAUGUGCACUGAAGUCGUUACCAUUAUAGAUAACCAUUUACUCGAAAAAGUGGAAGAAAUUGGAGAAAAAGUGUUGAUUUAUAAUAUGAAAGGCGAUUACUAUCGAUACAUGUGGGAAGCAAAUAAUAGUGACGCAACUUGCAAAAAAGCGACUCAAGCAUAUAAUGAAGCUAUGAGUAUUUGUCAAUGGAAUUUCAAACCCACAGACCCUUACUUAUUGCAAAUUGCGUUAAACUUGACGACACACCUGAACAAUACUAAUAAUACCGAUAGUGCUAUAGUUGUUUUGAAAAGUGUUAUUCAAGACGCACAAGAGGAUGAUAUUGAAAGUUAUGACUUCUUAAAGAAGUCAUAUGUUGAGUUAUUUUUGAAAUACUUAAAUGAAUGUUUAGUUCGAUUUCAGAUUAUUCACAAUCAAAAAAUAAUUGAACUCAUCGAAAAUUAUGUUCCUCAAGAGUCAUUGGUUGACGAUGUGAUCACAAGACGACAAGGCUGAUACAGUUUCACUGAUCUUUUAAAAACAUUUUAUAAAUAUUUCUAUUUUUAUCAACAAUGUUCAAGUUUAUGAUCUAUUUUUCAGAAUAGUGAAAUGAGUAAUUAAUUGAAUAUUGAAAUAUUCCAAUUGUGUGUUUGGUACAAGGUCUAUUGACAUAAUAAAAAUAAUAAAUGUGGA